CGGAGAUCGCCGUGAGGUCCAGGAUGCAGGCUUUUCCAAGACUUUCAAACCUCUGCCACUCUCACUACGAGCCACAAAGCUGCCUCUGGUGGCUAUUCAAGGAUUUUCGCUGAUCUGGGCCCUUGGGCACUGCAGGUCGCUCAAAAUAUCAUCCAGUAUUUGGUGAGAAAGCCACGUUACAACUUGUGCUCGGCAGGGCGGGGUGCACGGAAUGCCCUACAUGGACACUCAAUCGCUUUCUGAGCCUCCCAUGGCGUCUUCUUCUAAGCCCCUCACGAGUAUCAGCCGUAUGGGUCGUAAGGAACCUCGCAGGAAUGGUAUCAUGACCAGAACCACCGAAAUCACUGCUGUGCCAACCACGGACGCACGACUACUGGAUGAGCGUGUUGCACAACGGCGCGGGCAAUUGAUUGCGCAAAAGAAAAAAGAGCUUUUGGAAUUAUUGGAACGGCAUGAUGAUGCAGUUCGCGAAGCGUUCCAUCUUGACCGGUUUGUCACUCUCGCAAGUUUUGAUCCAGAGGUUGCCAAAACUGACACGUCCCAAGUGUUUAAUGCCUUCCGAGCUCGUUUUGACCUCGUUGCUAGCAAUAUUGAAAACGUGUCUGGCUCUGGCGCCACCGCGGCGCGUCGCACACGGCGUGCGAUCAAUGACAAACGUGAAACAAUAGAGGCUCUUGCUCAGAAUCUUGCACUUGUCUCUUCUCCUUCUGCCCAAAAAGCAUCCAAAGGGAAGGGAAAAGCAGCCCAAAAUGCUAGUUCCGCUCCGUCCGAACCUUCUCGUGCGAAACCCAAGAUUGCAUUUCCCUCAUCUGCUUCUCAGCGUUUUUCGCCUAGAAAGGGGCGAAAAUCUCUUCCGUCGCGCCUGGAUGGACCUGUAUCUCCAGCCGCCCCAACCCCCCGUUCCAGCGGACGCGGCAGAGGUCGGGGUCGGGGUCGGGGUGGAAGGGGGAAGGGAGUACUGCGCACAAAAUCUUUGAGUGCGAUUGUGCGAGAGCCAACGUCCAGCGAUGUUGAUGAGCUUGAAAGCGAAGAUGAAGUCCCCCCUCCUACGAUUGCAGUCGCACCUGCCCCCCAACCUACCAUUCCUCGUCUAAAGAAAUUGCGAAAGCGUAAUGAGGUCGAGUCUGUUAACCCGCCUUCUACAACUAUCAAGCGUAUCAAACUCAUUCAUCGUGUUCCUCCACCAACGUACACCCAUCAUGAGCAGUUGCCUCCAGAUAAGGCAUAUGGCGGUGAUUUGACCAAAUUCUUGCAGUCUUUUGUUCGGUUGGAAGACGAUGGUCCUGACAUGGUAAUCGAGGAACUCAAUGCGGCUGCCAGGAUUGAUGGGGCAUACCUCAGACGUAUCAAUCAGCUCAGGGGCCAUGGACGGUUGUCGCACGUAGAGGGGUCUCUUCCUCAAGAGCCUGAACCGCCUCGUCCUCUGGGGCAUUGGGAUUCAGUCGUCGAGGGGGCUUCCAUUCAUCUCAGGAUAGUGCGAGAAAAUGGAAGGGCUCGCGUGAACGGUGCUCGACGCGUUGCCCGGUUAAUCAAUGCCCAUUGGGAGAAAGUGGCAGGUGCAGAUGAAAAGUCGAAGCGCUUAGAGGAGAAGAAGAUGCAAGCGCUUGUGAGGUCCACUUUGAGAGCAGUCCAAGCCCAUUGGAAGGAUGCCGUUAAAUAUGUAAAACAAAUGAAACUAGCUCAAGAGAAAGAAGAGCAAGCCCGGAGGGGAAGGAGCAUUUGGACGCGAUCAUUGAGCAUUCUGCGAAAGCAUUGAAGGCUCAAAGGAAUAUGGAUAUUUCUGGUUUGCGCAAUUCAGCAGACA